GUGACGUCAUCAUUAAGCGUCCGUGUUUAUCACCAAAAAGUGGCUAACUACGCGUUCUGAAAAAAGUCAAUUCAUCUCGAAAAUAGACUUGGAUGGAACGUCCGUCAACAGGGCGUUGAGCACUGAAUGCAGCCUUGUGUUUUCUCUGCAUGGUCCUCCUUGAGGAGUUGAGAUGGGCCAGCAAAUCUCUGGCCAUGUUGUGAUGGGCAAGCUUCCUGAGAAGCUGCUUAAACAUGCUGGAUUAGUGCGGGAUAGUAGCUAUCUCACCUAUGAGGAGUUUCUGGCCCAUAUAGCAGAGCUAAAUGAUGUCACUGCUAAGCUGGCAGUUGGCCAACCGAAGCAUCUACUGUUUGAGGUUCAGCCUGGAUCUGAUGCAUCUGCUCUGUGGAAAGUGGCUGUGAGGAUAGUGUGCACCAAGAUUAAUAAGGAGGAUGGUAUGGUGGAAGCUUCACGCAUUAUGAACCUGUAUCAGUUUAUUCAGCUUUACAAAGACAUCACCAGCCAAGCAGCAGAAGUGCUGGCAGCAGAUGGCAGUAUGGAGUGUUCCUCUGGACAGCUUUCCUCCCCAGCUUCGUGCCAGGCCAGCAUGUGGAUGGGCAGGGUGAAGCAGCUGACAGAGGAGGAAGAGUGCUGUAUCUGUAUGGACGGAAAAGCAGAUCUCAUUCUGCCCUGUGCUCACAGCUUCUGUCAGAAAUGUAUUGAUAAGUGGAGUGGUCAGAGUCGAAACUGUCCCAUCUGCCGGAUCCAGCUUACGGCUGCCAAUGAAUCAUGGGUAAUGUCUGACGCGCCUACAGAGGAGGACAUAGCCCGAUACAUUCUCAAUCUAGCUGAUGAAGCUGGACACCCUCACAGACCAUAAUCUAAUUCACUACAUCACUUUCACACUUACUGUCUCUAAUUAUUAGAUGGAUUUACCUACUGUGAACCUUUGAAAUGCAGGUUUUUACCUGUUCUUUGUUGUCUUAUUUGCAGGCAGCAAUAACUACACACUGGGCCUCAUUUAUCAAGCUGAAUGCAAAUAAAGUUAUUAGUUAUGAAAACCAAUAAGUUUUACAAACACACACACAUGUAUGUAUAUAUAAUUUUUUAUUAAGUGCUCAUGAGUCAGUGUCAUUUUAAUUGCAAACCUAUUAUUUAAAACAGAGCAGACUAGUUAAUACCAACCGCCACACCUCACCAUACCCAAAACCUUGGGUAUUCCCCCACACCCUCUGAAGAAGGGCGCAGCCAGUCUGCUCUCUACCAACAGAUGUCUGACCAGCGAACAUGUUUGUUACAUUUAUAUAUUAUUAUUAUUAUUUAGUUGUAUUCAGCUCAUUUUGAGCUUUUACCUUUAUUCAGUUUUGUGGGCAUCGCCAAAUGCAAAUCAGCUGUGGCAUGAAUGGACUUUGCACCUUAGAGGCGGUUAGCAUUUAUUAGAGCACUCGAGUACAAGGAAAUGAACUGAAAUCUGGCUGAAAGUUUUUUUUUUUUUUUUUUUUGGUUUCUUUUAGCAUAAACAUUGAUGAACAACAUUAUUAAAAGAUUGAUUAAUGAGGCCCAUUGUUAUUCAAAUUUAUGUGAUUUGUUAAACUUUACUCUUUCAAAAUAUGUUUAAAAAUAUUUAUCAAAAUAUUUAGAUUUAGAACAGUUUUAUUGUGUGAAAUUUAUUGACUACUUGCUGCUUUAAUUUUUAAUCUCUCAUUAGCUGUGUACAGAAAUGAAUGAAAAGAAAUUGAGGUUCUAGCUAACUUUUUUUUUAUUUCUCAGAAUUGUUGGAAGUCACUUUAGUAAAAUUAGUGUGACAGUUUGUGGACUGAUAAAUGCAUCUACUGUAAAUUCUGCAUUAGAUGUCCUGUUUCUUUUGGUGAACUUAAGCCUGCUUAAACAAGAAGUGUUGGGAAAGUGUUUUGUUUCAGGUCACAGUAAUUUAUUGAUUAUUAGAAAAUAAGUUUAAGCUAAUACAUUUGUUUGAUUUAGUCGUUAAAAUGUGACUACAUUUUAGCAGUUAUAGCUACUGAGGUUAUUUUAAAUGUUUACCCAGAUCAAUCAGCCAUAACAUAAAAUCACUGAUAGGUCAAGUGAAUAGCAUUGAUUCUCUCAUUACAGUAGCACCUGUCAAGGAGUGGGAUAUAUGAGGCACUAAGUGAACAGCCAGUUUUAAAAGUUGUGGCAUUUCUAGGAUGCAGCAUUGAGUAUCUGCCAAAAGCUGUCCAAGGAAGGACAGCCAAAAAAGCACUGAAAUAAUCAUGACCAGCCAAGGCGGAUUAGAGCAAAGACAUGCUCAUCUGCUCCGACUCCACAGAAAAGGUAUCGUCACAAGAAUGCAGACAAUGUUACUGCUGGCUAUGGAAGAGAUAGUUUUACCUCACACAGUGCCCAUGCUGACCCCUGCCCACCACUGAAAGCACCUCAGAACGUGAGCAUCAGAACUAGGUCAUGGAGCAAUGGAAGCAGGUGGCCUGGUCUGAUAAAUGAUGGUUUCUUUUAUAUCAUGCGGAUGCCUUGGUGCGUGUGUAUCACUGACCGUUCUGCUGGGAAUCCUUGGAUACCACCAUUCAUGAGGAAGCUACUUUGUCAUGUUCCACCUACCUAAACAUUGUUACAGACUAAGCAUGGAAACUGUAUUUCCAAUGCCAUUGGUAUUUUUCAGCUAAAUAACCACUGAAACAAUUGUUAAGGAAUGUUUCCACAAGAGUUUAAGAUGUGGUCUACAGACUCCCCAAAUCUCCAUCUGAUCGAGCAUCGCUGAGCAAACCAUGUUUCAACCAUGGAGGCUCCACCUCACAACUUCUGCUGAAUCUGCUGCUCAUCUUGAUAUCACAUUCCACAGCACACCUUUAGACAGGCUAGGGUAUUUAGCAUAAUGGAGAUAUAAUGCAACUUUAUUUUAAUGUUAUGGCUGGUUAGUAUAUAUUGUAUAUUGAGACUUGAACUAGCAUUUUCUUUCCUCUUAAUUUUGUAGAAAAUGAUUUAAAAACUGCUGAUCAAAAUGCAUUUUCUGGUCUGUAUCAUGAUCUGUAAUAAGAGUUGCACACUUGAUGUAUAUUUUUCUGGACAUCCUAUCAUAAAUCAAUAUAAUCCUAAAUAUUAAUAAUUAAACUUUUUAAGUGUCA